AUGGUGUUCAUGGCGCAACACAGGGAGGUCACUACUGAGACUAGCGAGGCCAUGGGACAAUGGUUCCAUCACAUCGCACCCAAGCCCAUGCCGCCGCCGCCUCCACCGAUGCCUAUUAGCGCUAAGGUGCCUAAGGUCAUCAAGCCCCAUCCCAGUCGCCCCAAGAACACCACCAUCUACAUCGAUUAUAGCAACAUCGAUGAAGUGGUUGUGUCUAAGAAGACACCGCGGGAAGUGGAAGCUGAGCUGGAGGUACCUAACACACUCCCAGCCAUCAUAUCAGGUGGCAACAAUAACCGUGCCCACCUAAUGAAUGACGCAUACAAGGAGAUGGUGGGGCAACCACUAUGCCAGUGGCUCGACUCGCUGCCUGGGGCUGAUGCGUCGAGGAGGAUUAACGGUAAGGUGGUCCUUUACGCGCAAAAGUACAGCACCGUGUCAUACAUGCCAAGUACCAGGUGUGUCUUUCCUUGCACCACAAAUAUAUCAUGGGAGGAUGGGGAUGCCACCACCUCGCUCAUUGUGCCUUGUGCCGUUGAGCACCUGACCAGUAGCCCCAAUGAAUAUUGCUUCAUCCGGAGGUUUGACUCCAGGAAAGCAUCCAUCAUGUACUCCAUCGCAUGA